AGUUCACCAUUAAAAUUCUUUGCCAGUUUUUCCCCACCGUUUUCAUUAUAAUAUAUACGUUGUUUAUAUUCUAACUUCCACACUUGUGUCCAGAAGUUGGAUAAGUGAUGUUACAUCUCGUACAUAGAUAGUGGUGGUUAUAAAGUUACAAAUUAAUUACCUACCUACUUGGUUGCUUCAAGUGAGAUUACAGGUAAGCUACAGAACUCAAAGAUUAAAGAUCCGUCAUGACAUCGAUACGGCAUCUGUGUCCAAGCCUGGAAAUUAAAGCACAGAAAGAACUGAAUGAAGUGCCAAGUAGAGUCUCUUCAGAUAUCCAAGCUCUUAGAGAUUGGCUGAAAAAGCAGCCGCACUUGAAAUCCGUCAAUCCCUCAAAUCAAUGGCUUAUCGGAUUUUUAAGAGGUAACAAAUUCAGUCUGGAGAGGAGCAAGGGGAAGCUAGAAAUGUAUUAUACUCUGCGAACAGUGCUGCCUGAGAUUUAUCAAAAUAGAGAUCCGUUUGAUUCUAAAAUACAAGACAUUUUACAAAUGGGACAUUAUCUACCAUUAAAAAUUACUGAAACGGAUGACGCUUGUCGGGUUUGUGUUGCCCGUUUCAACGAUACCGCAACAAAACAUCAUAUACUAGACGUGAUAAAAGUAUGUUUUAUGAUUAAUGAAAUAAUGUUAUUGGAAGACGACAAUUACACGAUAGCUGGAAUUAAUACAUUGGUGGAUCUCGAGGGCGCUGGUAUUAAUCUUUUUAUUCAAUGGACGCCAGCAAUAGCAAAAAAAGUACUAACAAGCGUGGAAAAAGCUUAUCCAUUGCGACUCAAAGGCUGUCACAUCUUACGUACACCACCUGGAUUUGAAACAGCAUACUCUAUAGUGAAGUCAUUUCUAAGUGAAAAAUUUAAGCAAAGGUUUUUCGUAUACACCAAAAUGAAUGAAUCUGUGUACAACGCAUUUUCGAGAAAAGUUUUACCUCAAGAAUAUGGCGGGGAGAAUGCUACUUCAAUACAGGAAUUAAUAGAUCACUGGAAAGCGAAGGUGGAAAGUUAUCGUGAAUGGUUCCUUCUCGAAGACGAGCAGCGUUCGGAUGAGACAUCAAGGCUAGGCGAACCAAAAACGUCAUCAAGCUUGUUCGGCGUGGAAGGUUCUUUUAGAAAAUUGGAAGUAGAUAUCAUAUAUUAUUACCUAUAUUUUUUAAAUUCUCAAAUUGAAAUAAGAAUCAAAAUGCCUCAAAUGGAGAUAAGACCAUUGCUUCCAAUACUAAAAGAGAAGGCACGAAAGGAAAUUAAUGAAGAACCAGACAGGAUUGUUCCCGAUAUUAGUGCUAUAAGAGAAUGGCUUGAAAAACAACCACAUUUGAAGUCUGUAAAUCCAAGCGAUCAAUGGAUAGUUUCUUUUCUACGUGGAAAUAAAUACAGCCUAGAAAGAACAAAAUCUAAGCUAGACAUGUAUUACACACUGAGGACCUUGCUUCCGGAGAUAUUCUGUAACCGAAAUCCAUUCGAUCCAAUUGUACAAGGAAUUUUGAAACUGGGCAUUUUUCUACCAUUAACUACUUUAGAAAGAGAAGACUCGCGCAGAGUUACCCUAAAUCGACUUAAUGCCGUCGAAAGCUCUAAUAAUCGUCUGAUUGAUGUAUUUAAGGUUGUUUUUAUGAUAAUUGAAAUACUAAUACUUGAAGAUGAUAAGUUUGUUAUCGCUGGAGAGGAUUUAGUAGUAGAUCUAGAUGGUGUAGGAAUUCGUACAUUCAGUCAAUUUACCCCAACAGUGGCGAAGCAAACAGCGGCAAUUUCGGAAAAGGCUUUGCCCGUGCGCUUAAAAAGCAGCCACUUACUGCAUACAUCAACGGCAUUUGAAAGUGUUUAUUCCAUGUUCCGGAUGCUUAUAAGUGAAAAAUGGAAGAAAAGGUUUAACGUAUACAGCCGAAAUUUGGAAGCAAUGUAUGACGUGAUACCCCGUACCAUAUUGCCAAAGGAGUAUGGCGGCAUGUGCGGUACUAUUGAAGAAUUAACUGAUUAUUGGAAGAUUAAAGUUGAGAGCUACAGUGAGUGGUUUUUUCGUGAAGAGAUGGUUCGUUCAGACGAAGCCUUGAGGCCGGCUCAGGCAAAGACAACUUCCGAUCUCUUCGGCGUUGAAGGCUCUUUCCGAAAAUUGGAUGUUGAUUAGAUAAAAUUACAAUCACAGCACAGAAAAAGCUUGAAGGGCACGAGACGGCUCUGACCGCAAAAUUCAAAAAUUUGGUUUUUCGCAAUUUGUAAACUAAUACGACAACGUAGGCU